AUAAAGUCGAUGGUGAACAAGACGAGUAAGACGGAGAGAAGAGGAAGAUGAAUAAUAGAGAAGUUUAAGAAAAAGGAAUAAAGGAUUUGUUUUACAACAUGAACUGGGCAAUCCAGGGAUGAGACUGUCAACACCUCUUUUAUGAUACUACUUGGAGGAAUUAUGAAAUAUGCCUCUCCUGAAAAAAAUCAACCAGGUUCUUAUUGUGCUGCUGGUACUGCUGGCAUGUUUGCUCCUCCAUAGUUCACUGAAAUUCUCCACUCAACCAAAAAAAGCAUACAGGCAGAGCCAUGGUUUAACAGCAGAUCUCCCAGCUGAAGAGGUUGAAACAGAUGAUGUUGUUCCUGUUAUCAUCUGUGCCUCCGAGGAGCGUACUGGGGCAACCAUGGCAACCAUCAACAGCAUCAUUAGUAAUACAGAUUCCAGUGUUUUCUUCUACAUUGUUACUCUGCGUGAUGCAGUCAAAAUUGCAAGGAGAUAUAUAGAGAAGACCAAGCUGAAAGGCAUUCAGUAUAAGAUUUUAGAAUUUAACCCUAUGGUUCUAAGAGGAAAGGUGAAGCCAGAUUCUUCUCGCCCUGAUCUCCUUCAUCCAGUGAGUUCUCAAUUUUUACUCCUAAACUAUGUUGUGAGCACAUAUGCUAAUCAGUCAGCAGUCAGCAAUGCUUCUGUUUCAGACACAUGGAAUAACCUCAACUGUGUUUUACAGCUUAAUUUUGUCAGAUUUUACCUACCUCUACUAGGCAUCAGCCAUAGGAGAGUCAUAUAUGUGGACGACGAUGUCAUUGUGCAAGGUGACAUUAAGGACCUUUACAAUAUAAAGCUGAAAACUGGACAUGCUGCUGCUUUUGCCUCUGACUGUGACUUACCCUUCACACAUGAGAUGGUGCGAAGCAUUGGCAUGCAGACCACCUACAUGGGCUUCUUAGACUACAGAAAGCAAGAAGUGAAAGACUUGGCCAUCAACCCCAACCACUGCUCCUUCAACCCCGGAGUGUUUGUCGCAGAAAUCAAAGAGUGGAAGAAGCAGAAGAUCACCAAACAGCUGGAGAGAUGGAUGGAGGAGAAUUUCAGGCAGAACAUUUACAGCAGUGCAAUGGCAGGAGGCGUGGCCACUCCGCCCAUGCUGAUAGUGUUUCAUGACAAAUACACAGCGCUGGAUCCUCUUUGGCAUGUCAGACACCUGGGCUGGAGCCCCAAUGCACGCUAUGCAGAGAGCUUCCUGCAGGGGGCACAGCUGCUGCACUGGAAUGGCCCAUUCAAACCAUGGAAUGACCCAGCCGUCCACUCGGAUCUGUGGAAAAGGUGGUUCAUACCUGACCCGUCUGGAAGGUUCACUUUGACUCGGCCUGGCAGUGACAGCUAAGGCCCAACGCUGCAGUGACUGAUCCACUCAUUUCAGAAUGUUUGCUUUUUAGUCUGCUCCCACUAAAAGGCUGCCUUUGUGUUGUAACUAAGGGGGCUUUUUUAAACUAUUCCUCUCAUUUUUGUGCUUAUAAGUUUGUCUUAUGUCAAAAUGUGAUCUUUAUAUGUGGAAUCAGGGCCAUCUCUGAGCUAUUGUUCCAUAAAUUAUAAAUAGUGAAUGCAGCUUCUCAGGUGAUAAGUUUGAAGUGUUAGGACUUAAGAGUUAAACUCACAGAAAUAAUUCAUGGCAGAGAAUGCUUUAUGCAUCUGUUUGAUUUUAUUUAGGAACUCAUAUUGUAUACAUAUAUGCCUUUAAAUUAAUUAUUUUCGACACAAUCUUAUCAAUUAUAGAAUGUAUUGAAUAGAAUUAGUUAGUAUACUAACAGUUUAAAUAAUUAAAGUUGUAAAAGAAACAAGAUUCUGGUAUUUAAAUUUUCUGUGAUUUUUUUCAUUGACGUUAUGAGAAGUGAAACAGGGAAUCAUGUAGAAUAUUCAUAUUUCUUGUGGUGUAUAUAUUAUUUUUUUUAAUUCUCAGUAUUAUUUAGGCUUACUAAGAAUUAUUUACAGAUAUGACAAAACAUAGACUUGGCUCAGAUAAUUAAUUAUAUAUCUGAAUCAAACAUAAAUUUGGCUCAGAUAUAAAUUUUUAAUUUAUUUUAACAUACCCAAUAAAAAUAAUUAAAUUUUUCUUAUACUUUUUCGCCAUUUCACAUGUAUUUUAAUAUGAUACUGGUGUGUGGGGUUGACAAGAGAUGCCUGCAUAAAAGAUAUUUUUUAUUGGUAUCAUUUAUUCUUGACAUUUUCUGAGACUGACUUUUGUGCUUCCUUUAGCUAAAAGCAUAAUCAUUACAAUUAAUGGAAAAAACACUUGAAAUUCAUGAUUCUGGGUGCAAUGACUCAAGUUCAUAUUUAUUUUAUUUCCUGUCUUCAUGGGUGAAGUGUAUGCCAUCUGGCAAAACUGCCUCGUAAAUAACAGCAAACAUUGUUUUUUUUAUGCCAGUUUACAGCUGAGCUCAACGAUGCUGUGUGUAAGCCCCCACAUUUACUUGGAGGUCAAAUGAAAAACCUCAAGUGAUGAGUACUUUAGGGAUGACUGGUUCUGAUGGUACUGCCAGACCAUUCAUGGGUUCAACCCACAUACUCACCUCUUCUGCUCAACACACGAAUGCAUUCUCCUGACAGAUGUGGCAACAUUUAAACAGAAAUAAGCAGUUUUUUCCAACACUGUUUGUAACAACAAAAGAACACACAUUUUCUUACUUUUUGUUUUGUUUAUGUUGUUAGACUGUUGACUAAACCGGGUCAAUGUCAUGAUAAAAACGAUGAGCUGAUGUGUCUUUACCUCAGACUGAAAUGUUGUAGCACUGAGGUCAUCCUGUGCUGGUAGUUCUGGUUAAAACCGGUUCUCCAGCCGUUCUGGCUCCGUUUUUAUCCUCACCGACUGAUACAAGCGUCUAAAUCUCACUCCCAUUUUUUAUUGGUCUGAUGUAAUAUUCUAAUCAUAAAUUUCAUCACUUUCAUCAGCUCUAAACAGAAAAUAUAUAGCGUUUGGGGGCUUACACAUAUGUUGUUGAGCUCAGCUGCUGCAAACCAGCAUAAAAAAAUCUAUAUGCAUAAGACAUAUAUAUACACAUACAUAUAUUGCUUGAUUUGUUGAACUACAGCAGAAGCUCUAUCUACUUUUGCCUUCCUUUCGGACACUGAUAUGACUCAACGUCUGUGACUCUCUGAUAUCGCUGCUGUUUCACCAGUUGUUGACUGGUUUUCAUUCACUCAUCUGGACUUUUUAAUAUUUAUUUGAGCUGUUCAUGUUCGUAUGUAUACAUUUGAAUGUGGAUUUUUGCUGUUUCACACAUUAAAAUUAUUCACACAGGCUCCAGUUUCUUAUAAACACCUGCUCUAAUGUUUGUUUUAAAUGUUCAUUGAGGAAGUUGAACCUCAAACACUUUCUGUAGCAAUCAACAGUUUCUAUCCCAAUACCAGCUGCAUGUUUAGAAACUAUUCUAAUCAGCAGAAU